CUAACAUUAGCUAGUACUUUAUAGUAACGUUUGUGUUUCUAGCGAGGACCUUACCUAGUGACAUGUCGACUUUGUCUGGAACUGUUUGAGUUCUCCCCCCAGCCGCUGUUUGAUCACCGUUGUUCAUACUUUAAAACCACGAGAGACAAUCCCGAGUGCAAAGAGAUAUAAAAUAGCAGUCGGCAGCCUUAUUCGUCACAGUUAGAGGCUACGCUACAAAAAUAAACGAACCUCCUUCGAGCGUUAACGGCGGUGCGCGUGCCCUGUAGAGACAUUCCGUCUGCAUUGUGGGAAAUGUAGUUAAAUCCAAAAGACGGUGUGUUACCAAACCUAAACAUCAGCGUGCUCAUAACUGGUCUUAUAAAGGAAAUACGAAGCCUGCUAACGUGUUUCUCAUAACUGGACUUCUAAAAGGACGUCGGCUGCUGUUUAUGUCGCUCAACUAUCUUUAAAACACUUCUGCCAGAACUACACGUUGUAUUCAUUGUAUGUUGCACUGCAUUUGGAGGAGCUCUUUCUUGAGGCAGUUAUUGGGGGUUGUUGCCCACACUUAUCAGAGACCCUCUUCAGUAUUAUUCCCCCUGACCAAGUCAUUCACUGGUCAAACUAUCAUGUCGGACAAAAAGCGCAAGUCAACAUCUUCUGCUAAAGAGCCCAGCGCUAAGCAGCAGAAGGUGGCUCCCAUGAAGGAGAGGGGCUGGCUGCAGGACAGUUUGAAGCAGCUCAGGACAGAGAAGAAGGAGAUGAAAUUGAACAAAAAGCGCCUCCGCUUUAUAUCUGACACUGAGAAGAUAAAGCAGGGCUCAGAGGGGGUCCUGUACUGGAUGUCAAGAGACCACAGAGUACAAGAUAAUUGGGCGUUAGUCCGUGCCCAGCGGCUUGCCUUGAAGGAGAAACUUCCUCUACACAUCUGUGUCUGUCUGGUUGUCCCAGAAUCAGAGCUGUCCACUCUGAGACAUUUCAGCUUUAUGCUGAAAGGUCUGGAAGAAGUAGCAAAGGAAUGCAAAGUCUUAGACAUCCAGUUCCACUUGCUGCAUGGUUCAGCGGGGGACGUUCUCCCUGGCUUUGUGUCGGACCGUGGCCUGGGCGCAGUGUUGACAGACUUCUCCCCCCUCAGAGAGCCGCUGCAGUGGUUAGAGGAUGUUAAAAAGGCUCUUCCAAAGGACAUUCCCCUCAUACAGGUUGAUGCCCACAAUAUUGUUCCCUGCUGGGUAGCAUCACCUAAACUUGAGUACGCUGCCAGGACGAUCAGAGGAAAGAUCACAAAGCUUUUGCCAGAGUUCCUCACAGACUUUCCUCUGGUAGAGAAACACCCCUACACAGCUACAAAACCCGCCAAACCAGUGGACUGGGAAGAAACCCUGGCCUCCCUGCAGGUUGACCAAGCAGUAGGAGAGCCGGAGUGGGCUAAGCCCGGCACAAAGGGAGGGGUGGCCAUGUUGGAGUCCUUCAUUGAUGAACGCCUCAAAGUGUUUGACACCCAACGCAACGACCCAAACGUUGCCGGCCUCAGUCAGCUGUCGCCCUGGAUCCGCUUUGGCCACCUGUCAGCCCAGCGUGUGGCGCUGCAGGUUCAGUGCAGUGGGAAGUCUGCAGGUCAUUCUGUCGCCUCCUUCAUCGAGGAGCUGGUGGUGCGCAGGGAGCUGACGGACAACUUCUGCUUCUACAACAAGAAGUACGACCGCGUGGAGGGUGCGUAUGAGUGGGCUCAGAAGUCUUUGAAAGAUCAUGCCAAAGACAAGAGAGAGUAUCUCUACACCCGCGAGCAGCUGGAGAAAGCAAAGACACAUGACAAACUCUGGAAUGGCGCUCAGUACCAGAUGGUCACUGAGGGGAAGAUGCAUGGUUUCUUGAGGAUGUACUGGGCCAAAAAGAUCCUGGAGUGGACUUCUUCACCAGAGGAAGCGCUCUCCAUCGCUCUAUACCUAAACGAUCGCUAUAGUCUGGAUGGCCAGGACCCCAAUGGCUUUGUCGGUUGUAUGUGGUCCAUUUGUGGCAUGCAUGACCGGGCCUGGGCAGAGAGAGCCGUUUUUGGAAAGAUCCGCUACAUGAACUACAAAGGCUGCCAGCGGAAGUUUGACGUAGCGCGGUUUGAGAGAAGACACUGUCCCAAAAAACUUUGAAGCCUGAAAUGUUUUGAAGCAUGGGAAUAAAAUGGCUGGCAGCCUAAAUCUCCUACACCUUUACCUCCGGGGGAGCGUUUGUACAGCCUUUCUUAUAAUGGAUGUUUUGUUCCUCCCUGCCUGAUUUGUCCAAAGCAUUCAGUAUAUUAUCACUUGAGCUGUUGCUUUAUUAAAUAUUCAGACAUGUUGUUUAUGCUUAUCAAGGUAGUUUACUGUAAAGUGUGCUGUUGCUUCAUUUAACAUGAGAUUAUGAUCUCUGGUGGCUACUCUGUAAUCAUAAAGAGCUAUUUGAUUUG